UUUUCCAUUUUAUGGUACGAUGUAGUAUGCUUGAUUGGUAUAUAAACAAAGUAUGUUUGAAAUAUAAUGAUUCAUAUCUCCGAGGCUGUAGCUUGUCUUCUGGACUCAACUAACUGGGCUAGACAGGGAAGCAGGAUCAAUCAGAACCCUAGGUCGUUCUACGUGUUUGUGCGUUUUUGGUCCGAUCAAUAAUUUGCCCCCCUUAAUACGCAGCAAAUAAUUUUUCAGUCAUAACAAUUGGCGACGGGGUAGAGAAAAUUUUGAACCCUCUAAUUGGACGAGAUUCAGCAUAAUUAUUCUGACCAAUCAGCAUCCAGAUUGUCAUCAGCGUCCUUGAUCAACAUUGGUCAUUAUUCCUACAGUUAAUUUUCAUGCCUGGUGCAGAAAAGAAAAAAAAUGACUACCUUUUCCGAUCAAUUACAGCUUCUACUUGAGCAACAACAGCAGUGUUUCAAAAAUAGCCAGUUGAAUUUUUUAGAAAAUUUACGCACACUGUUGGUAAAUUUUCCAUGUUUCGGAAAUGCAACAGAAGUUGAGAAGUUCAUUUCUCAUCUGCAGACUGAUCUGGAAAACAACUGCAGAACAUAUGAAGCUGCCUAUAAAAACCUCUGUGAAUCCCGGACGACCAAUGAUGUAAACGAGAAAGUCAUUCAUGAUCCGCCCAGUUGUCCAGAAAUGUCAAAUUCGGAGACAUUCCCUGUCGUGGGUUCAAAUCCCACUGUUCCUGAAACGUGUACAGACAAUGAUGUACCCAGCUCACAGGAAGAUCUCUCAUUAAAUGCUCAUAAAUUAAUUGCAGUACCCGCCCACAACGGAACAGGGAACGAAUCGUGCAGUACACUGAAUCCAGCUGUUUCAAAUGGUCCUCAUCAGUCAACAACAGAAGAUUGUAGUGAAUCUUAUUAUCUAGAUCCUCUUGUACCAGAAAAUGUGAUAGAUGCAUCAAAUGAUGAUCAGAAAUCUAAAACAAUUUUGAUAGAUGUUGAUUAUCUCAGUGAUCAACUGUUUACAAAUGAGACUUUCAACAAAUCCCAUGAUAAUGUUCCAGAAGAAUCAAACGUUGAUGACCUCAUAUCAAGCGACAUUGAUCCCCACUAUUUAAUCACUUUUAGUGACUUCUCUGUUCCAUGUGACAAUUAUGUGUUAAAUAAAGUCAAAUUAAUUCUAACUUGGGAAUAUGAGGACCCAACAUUAUUUCGUGGGGGAGGAUGAACCAGAAAAUUUCAAAAUCCGGAUAUCAACUCCGGAUCUUCAAAAAAAAGGGGAGGUGUUGUGGAUGCAGAGGAAUAGACCAAUAAUUAUCAUGUUAAGUCCAAUGGUGUCCUUGGACUUUAAAUGGACAUUUUCUAUUGGUCGAUAUCUGUUCACUUGUUCAAUAUUGUACAAAAUGUUGUUUUCCAUUUUAUGGUACGAUGUAGUAUGCU